GGAAAAAAACAUUCUUCUAUAAAAAAUCAUUGUUAUUUCGAAAUUCAUUUUAAUUUAUCUCAUUAUUUUUGGAAAUUUUUCUAACAAGUGCUUUUAGAAAAAAUACCGGUUAGGUUAGCUACUUUACUAUGAAUGAAAUCAGCUAAUAAAUAUAUAUAUAACUCCUUAUUGGCUGUUGAGUGCGAUGCUGACAGUAGUUAUAUACAAACUUUUAUUUAUAAUAAAUAAGUACAAUUUAAAUUAUUACUCAUUAAUUACGUACUGCGGGAUUUGACUAGACAUACAUCCUUAAAACGCCAUUUAGUGAUAAGUGAAAUACUUUGUAUUUUCCUAUUAAGUACGCAAUAAAAAAUUUCAAAAAUUGAAAAUACAAAAAGGUAGAUAAUUUCCAAUGUGUUAUUUUCUAUCAAAAUAUCUUAUAUGAUUGCACAAAAUUAUUAUAAAAUACAGAGAAACAAUAUAGUUUUUGUCUUAACUGUUUAUAUGUAUUAAAAAAAAAUGAGCGAUAACUCUAAUGAAAAUCCAUUUCUCGGAUUAUUUUCAACAUCUGAUGAAGUUGACCACAUUUCAAUUGAAAUUCCUAAAACAUUAGUGAUUGAUAAACUAAUUACAGAUAAUAAAAAAAUUGUUCAAAAUGAAUUCAAGCAUAUACUUAAUGAUACUAAUGAAAAUAAAGAAGAUAAGGUAAUGGAUAAAAUAAUUGAGGAUGUAUUUGGGUUAGUGUUAAGCUCAAAAACUCCAAUAUCGUCACAGCCGUUGAUCUCAGUUGAAAGUCAUUCUAUUGAAGAUGCGAUUUUUGAACGACUCACUUUACCAGAUAUAAAAACAAAGCUUGUAACACCUUUAAAUUCACCAAGUACAGAUUGUGAUCCUCAUUUUUUUCAAGAUAAAGCUAUUUUUUAUUUGUUUGAAUGUUUUCUUAGACUUGAUAAAUAUCCAAAUGAUGACGAAUUACGUGAUACUAUCAAUCGUUUAAAACAAGUUACCAUAAAAUUAACAGUAACAAUACUUGCACUCGACCUUUCAGAUCAGAAAAUUUAUGAACAAUUUAUGGAACUUUUUGCAAAUGAACAGAAUAUAGCACAAUUAUUACAAUUCAGCGGAGAAUUAAUUAAAUCAAUCAUAAAAGAAUAUCCAGAGGAUGCUAAUAAAUAUAUUGAAUUCGUUUUUUUACCAGUACUAAUGAAUCUGAAUGUGCAAAUCUUGAACAACGAUUCAUUAAUUUUUCCUCAGCGAUACUAUGAUAUUUUACUAUUUAUAGUAAAUAUUGAACCACUUGCUAAAUUAUUACUUCGUGAUUGUACUCCAGUUCAUAAACAAGGAUCUGCAUACGCAACUACUAUUUUAGGUAUUAUGUUAUCAACGAGUUGUUUGCCUCGUAUAUUAGGAGAACCAUUUCCAUUUUUCAAUAAGCCAUUUGGCAUUGAUUUUUCAACUGAGCAAGAAAACAUCUGGAAAGCAUGGAAUAUUCACAUUCGUUUUUUGCAUAAACUUUUCCACUCUUUAUUGAAAUGUUCACCAGAAGUUCGGCAUAUGACUUUAGACUGGUUAGGAAAAUGUUUACAUGCUAAUGCUUCUCGUGGAAAAUUAUGGAGUUCUGAAUCAACUUUAGGUAUGUCAUCAGUAGUUUCUGAUGGUUUUAUGUUAAAUCUUGGAAAUGUACUUUUACGUUUAUGCAAACCUUUUUGUACAAAUUUUGAUGAAAAAAUUCCAAAAAUUGAUCCUACUUAUUGUGCUGCUGAACCGAAAGAUGAAGAAGAAAGUCACAAAAGAGGUAUUCAUAUGCAAGAAAUGAGUAAAGUAACUUGUUUAGUACCAGUGCCCGAAGGAGAAUCUAGACCAGUUGCUAAGGAAUUUGGAUUUGUAACUGAAAUUUUUUAUUUAACACACCGGGCUCUCGAUUUAGGUUAUCGUGUUGUUCUUGACAAAUUCCUGAAGUUGACACAUGAAUUAGACAGAAUACGACAAGAUCAUGAAUUCGCGGAAUCUCAGGCUAAUUUGCAAAUAUUUGAACUAAUGGAAAUGCGAAGAAAAGUAAUAAGCACAAAAUAUUUUUCGUAUAGAACAAGUGUACUUGAGCCUAAAAUGCUUAAUCUUCUUUGUAAUUUUCAUGCAGCAACAGCUUUUUGGUUGAUACAAGUCAAUGUCAAUAAAUGCAACUGUGAAGAUUAUAAUAAAGAAACUUUUUAUCCUGAAGAAGUGAAAACUAUCACAUUUCCACUUCCAGAAGAUGUUCCUCAUACUUUACGAUGUAUACCAGAAUUUGUAGUAGGAAAUACAAUAGAUUUCAUAUGUUUUUUGCGACGACUCGAUCCAAAUACAUUUGAAAUACAAAAUUCAAAUUUUUUCAACUCUUUAUUAACGGAAAUAAUCGCUUUGAUGGAAUCACCGAAGAGAUUAUUUAAUCCUCAUCUUCGAGCUCAUUUAGCUGAGGAGCUUGAGUCAUUUUUACCUGAUACUGAAGAGACUAAUAAUCGUAAUCAAGCAACACUCGGAACAUUCCGUAGAGAACAAUUGUUUCUUACUCAUCCUCAUCGUCAAUUUAUUAUACCAAAUUUAUUACAAGUAUUUGUAAGUUUAGAAAUGACUGGUCAAAAUGUACAAUUUGAACAAAAAUUUAAUUAUCGUUUGCCUAUGUAUGAAGUAAUGAAAUAUUUAUGGAAAAUUGAUGAGUAUAGAAAAAUUUUUCAAUGUCUUGCUCAAGAAGCUGAAGAAAAUAUAGAAGCUGUUCAGCCUCCUAUUUUUUUACGAUUUAUCAAUCUUCUUAUGAAUGAUGCAAUUUUCUUGCUUGACGAAGCACUCUCUAACAUGGCGCAAUUAAAACAAAUGCUACAGGCACUCGAUAACCGAGAAUGGAAUAGAUCACCAGCUAGAGAAUCUGAACAACAAAUGGCUCAACUUCUACAUAUUGGUAUGAUUGCUAGAUUUGACAACAUUCUUGGACGCGAGACAAUAUCAGCUUUAAAAAUGUUGACUUCGGAAAUUAAAUCCAUCUUCUGUCAUUCAACAAUGGUUGAUCGUAUUGCUUCAAUGCUUAAUUAUCUAUUAUUACAAUUGGUAGGACCUAAUCAACGUAAUCUCAAAGUAAAAGAUCAGAAAAAAUAUGAAUUUAAUCCAGCGCAAUUAGUUCUGAACAUUUGUGAAAUAUAUAUCAACCUCGGUCGGAAUAAAAAUUUUAUUCUUGCUGUAUCACAAGAUGGAAGAUCUUAUAAACCUAAUCUUUUUCAACUGGCUAACAAUGUUCUCGUACGUAUUGGGGGUAUUGAUAUUUUAGAAGAUCUUGAAAAUCUAGCUAAAGAAGUUGCUAAAGCAGCAAGUAUAAAGAAAGAAGAGGAUGAAAUUCUUUCAAAUGUUCCUGAUGAAUUUUUAGAUCCUAUUAUGUCAACUCUCAUGACCGAUCCGGUUAUUUUACCUGCUUCGAAAGUAAUAGUAGAUCGUCAAACAAUAGCCAGACAUUUGCUAAGUGAUCAAACGGAUCCAUUUAAUAGAUCUCCAUUGACUAUGGACAUGAUAAAAUCAGAUGAAGAUCUUCGGAAAAGGAUAAAGGAAUGGAUAUCAUCAAAAACAGAGUCUCAAGCAGCUAUAAUUGAAAAAUAAGAAGUCGAAUAUCUAAUUAAACUUGAAGAUUUACCAUUAAAAUAGAAUUUCAAUCGAUUUGCACAAAUAUUAUCCUGAGCAAUGUUUAAUUGUCCAGCAACUGGAGAUAUCAAACAACGAAAUCCACCAGAUACAAGAAAAACUUUUUUAUUUCUUUCAUGUAACUCAUCAACCAAUUCUCUGAAAAAAGAUUAUUGACUAUUAAAAUUGAACUGUGUGCUGUAAUUAAUUGUAAUUAAUUGUAAUCAUUAUGUACAGCAUUACUUUAUUCCUGGUGUAAGUCUUGGUGGAUGUGUUUGAAUAAAUUCUUUAAUUUGUUGUA